GUUCAGCUCACUAUUGCCAUUACAGUGUUGAUAUUUGAGACUACAACAUGGUACUGCUUCUCUUGUGCUUCACAUCCCUACUGAGCUUCGCAGCUUCCGACACCUUCGGCUUGAAUGAUGCUCUGACGUCAUCGUACAUGGACCGAAAGGAUGUGGAUGUUUUGAAGGAGGAAAUCGCCAAGAAAAUCACACCAAGGAUAGUCAAGUUAAAUGUUUUCAAUUUCGUACAUUAUAAACAAAUCAUUUUUAAUAUAAGGAACAUACAACUUACGUAUCUCAAGACAGUUAAGAACGAAAAACGCACAGCAACAGGGGAAGUAAACGAAAUGACAUACAACCUGAAGAUGGAUGCUGAUGUUGAAAUACCAAACGAAGAAGAGAAAAAGGAUAUGAAAUUCGAAGCUAGCCAAGUCGUGUUCACCGUCAACUCAGCAGCGAGUGUUGGAGAAUGCUUCGUAAAAGUGAAAGAAGCGAAAUUCACUUUUGGAAAUCCCACCGGAGUCACAGAGGAGGAGUGGAAUACUUAUAAGAGUCUGAUGGGAACGAGUUUGGAAGAUGACAUCAAGAAGAGUAUGGAGACUGCCCUUGGAGAUAACAAUAGCUGGAUUUGUGCUUCCGACAACUACGGCUUGAGUGAUGAUCUGACGUCAUCGUACACGGAUACUAAGUCCAUUGAUGUUUUGAAGGAGGAAAUCGCCAAGAAAAUCACACCAAGGAUAGUCAAAGUAAAUGUUUUUAAUAAAAAAACUCGUGAAGAAAUAAUUUUUGAAAUGAAAAACAUACAACUUACGCACCAGGACACAGUUAAGACCAGUGAAGAUUCAGGGGAAUCAAUAAACGAAAUGACAUACAACCUGAAGAUGGAUGCUGAUGGUACAAUACGAAAAAACGGUCAAGAAAACCCAGAACAGGAGAACACUAUGAACUUCGAAUCUUGCACAGUCGUGUUCACUGUCAACUCUGCAGCGAGUUUUGGAGAAUGCUUCGUAAAAGUGAAAGAAGCGAAAUUCACUUUUGUAAAUCCCACCGGAGUCACAGAGGAGGUGUGGAAUACUUAUAAGAGUCUGAUGGGAGACGAUUUGGAAGAUGAAAUUAAGAAGAGUAUGCAGACUGCCCUUGGAACUAAAAAAAAUUGGAUCUGUGGAAAUUUACCAAGAACUUUUUAAGGCAAAGUAUUGUAACCUUACAUUAUACUUAAAUUUGAGUAAUGCAUUAAUAUUUACUUGUUGAAGUUGAAGUUGAAGUUACUAACAUUAACAGCUUUAAAAUGUGCUUUGGAGGCGUUAUUGGCUUAUUCUUGGCGAGAUCAAUUAUUUGGAAUGCACAAAAAAUCUAUUUUUUCUUAUGAUUAGCAAACUAAUUAAACAUACGAAAUGUGACAUAAAUUACUCAAGUAAUAGAAUAAUGUAAGAUUACUGUAAAUAACCUACUUUAUUCUAUGUAGAACUGUGAAAUCUUAUACAGAAAUGAAUAAAUUGGUUAUAUUGA